AUGCUGUCUGUUGCCACUCCUCAAUCACAAGAUCUCUAUCUCCCCCAGCCGUUUCCUCAACAGCCAUACCAGUACCAGCAAUACCAGCAACAGCAACUACACCAGCAACAGCUUCACCACCGCCAGCUGCAACAGCCCUACUUCUUCUCACACUACCGCCCCAUGCCUCACCGAGUCUCGCCCCCUCAGCCUGUGAUGGCUAGCCCCUCGCACGACGCUGCCGUCUCCCAGGCGUUGGAGAUUGCUCGUGAGAGCCCUGACGGCGCUCAGGAUCCUACCAUUAGCAAGAUCCUAGAGUCUGCCCUCUCUCACAUCUGGACCAAGGUCCAAACGCACCCAGACUCCUAUGUCAUGUCAAGAGACGAGUUCGCCGUUUUCAAUUUCUUCCAGCACCGCUUCGCCGGCCAGAAAGUGGCAGUUAUGGCAAAGAAGCGAUACUGGGACACCACCAGUGCCUAG